GCCUGCACUCUAGGCGCAUAUUCCACACGGUGGUGUCGGAGCCCGGUCCAGGGCUGCCCUGGUACAGCCGUGUUGCGUACGUGGACGAUCAGAUCAUCUUCGACUACACCAGCAAGACGCAGAGGGUGGAGCCCCGCCAAGUGUGGAUGGCGCAGAACGAGGGUCCGGAGUUCUGGGACUUUCAGAACUUUUGGGCACGGCGCUGGCAGGCCUGGUUCAACGCGAGUCUGAACACCCUGCGUGAGCUCUACAACCGGAGCGAGGGGUUUCACAUUAUCCAGAUGAUAACCGGCUGUGAUCUCCGGGAAGACACCACCACUUGGGGGUUUUACCAGGAUUCAUAUGAUGGACGAGACUUUCUUACCUUCGAUAAGGAGACCAUGACUUGGGUAGCAGCAGAUAUUGGAGCUCAGAUCACCAAGAGGAGAUGGGAUGCUGAAGUAUUUGACAACCAGUGGUGGAAACACUACCUGGAAGAGGAAUGUGUUUCCUGGCUAAGAAGUUCUCUAGAGUACGGGAAGGAGACUCUACAGAGGAAAGGUAAGAUGGGGGACAAACCCCACCCAGAAG